GGAAAAAUUGAAAUACUCGUCUUAGUUAUUAGAGCAUACGCAACAUCAAAUUUCUCCCUAUAAAUAUAUGAGUAUCCUUACCUCUAUUUUCACAAAUAUUAGUUAUUAUUCCAAAUCCAAAUUUAAAGACAAAAAUAAGAUGGAGUUGAAGAUGAAGCAAAAACUUAUGGUGACUCCUUCAAAACCAACUUGGAAAGGAAAUCAAUCCUUGUCGGUAUGGGAUCAGAUCGGAUGCACAACUCACACAAGUGUUAUUUAUUUUUAUGCGCCAAACACAACCCCAUUCGAAACCGUUACUCAAACCCUAAUCGAUUCCUUGAGCCACACUCUACUCCACUUCUAUCCACUAGCUGGGCGCUUGCGCAACUUGGACAACAGCGGUUUUCAGCUCGAAUGCAACGAAGACGGGGCGGUUUUCGUUGUAGCCGAGCUGAACGCAGAUCUUUCUCAUUUCGAGAAAGAUCACUUCACACCAACUCCUGAGUCUAAUCGUUUUCUUAUUCCUUACAUAAACGAGUCUCUCCCAAUCCACGAACGCCCUCUUCUUCUCGUCCAACUAACCAAAUUAAGUUGUGGUGGUUUAAGCCUAGGGAUUACUAUGUCACAUGUCGUGGUGGAUGGAGUAAGCGCCGCCAGUUUCACGAAAGAGUGGGCCCGAAUCGCACGAGGCUUGCCGUUACAAAACGCACCAUUAUUCGACAAAAAAGCCUUUGGAGUUGGUGAUUGUUGUGUUGCAAACCCACAGCGGUUUGAUCACUCAAACGACUUUUGUAAUAAGAUGCCGUUUUUGUUGAAACAGUCUAACGCCGCCGCUCCCACCACCACCGAAGAGCGUAAAAAGAUGGAAACGACAUUGUUCACGUUAAAACUUACAAAAGAACAAGUCCAGAAACUUAAGAACAAGGCGAAUAACAACGAUCAAGACCGUCGAUCUCGACCUUACACGUGUUACGAGGCCUUAACGGCUCAUAUUUGGAGGUGUUCGGUUAAGGCAAGGAAGAACUUAAAGGAACAAGUAACUGCUUGUCUAGUGUCAGUCGACUUGCGUCAACGUCUUCAGCCUCCGUUACCGCUUUCUUACUUCGGUAACGGAGCUUUCCAGCCAAUGGCGAGUUGUGAAGCUGGGGAGUUGUUGUGUAAACCGUUAAGUUACGGAGUUAGUAAAGUACGUUCGGUUAUUGAGAUGGUUACAAACGAUUACAUAAUGUCAGCAACUGAGUUUCUAAAAAGUGAAAAAGAUUUGACAAAGUUUCAAAACAGUUAUGAAUCGACGUCAAGUAACGGCGGAGGUGGAAGACAUUGGGGGAAUCCUAACAUCAUAGUGACGAGUUGGUUGAACUUGUCGUUUGAGGGUAUUGAUUUUGGUUGGGGAAAUGAGAUCCAUUUUGGGCUUGCUUAUGAAGAAAUUGAUGGUGGUUUUUUGAUACUUAGGGAUAAUAAUAAUGAUGCUGAUCACUCUGUAUUUGUUAAUGGUGGUCUUCUUCUCCAACAUUUUGAAGCUUUCAAAAAUUACUUCUAUAAUGACAUUUAGUUCAUGUAAAAAUGUCACAAAAUUACUUUCUCAACUUUUGGUCUAAUAAGAGUUUUGUUGGUAUUAUGCUUGUUUUACAAGCAUACCCCACUUGACC